AUGACUUCACAUGAACUUCCGCGUCCGCGCGGUUGCGUCGCCGCGACGCUCAACGUGCGAUUCGCCCUGGCUGGUCUCUCGACGCUUCUUGGUUGGGGCCUUGGUUGGAGCGCGUUGACGCCGCUUGCGAACGCCGAGACGAAGCCCGACUUCGCGCUGACCGUCAAUGCCGAGGAGCGCGGCGCGGCGUUCAGCGACACGAUGCACGGCGUCUUCUUCGAGGACAUCAACUACGCGGCGGACGGCGGCCUCUACGCGGAGAUGGUGCAGAACCGGAGCUACGAGCACCGCGCGCCGCUCUAUGCGUGGUCGGUCUCCGACGAUUCGAUCACACUCGAGGUCGCCGCAACGAAGGGCCUCCACAAGAACAACCCCGCCUACGCCCGGGUGCGUGUGCCGGAGUCGGCGGAAUCGGGCUCGAUCGUCAACGACGGCUUCGAUGGCUUCGCCGUGCAGGCCGGCGAGCGAUACCUGGCGGCGCUGCAUGUCAGGUCGGAUCAGCCCGGCGCCGAGGUCUCGGUCGUGCUGCGCGACCGCGAGGGCGCGGAGAUCGCUCGGGCCGUGCUCGGCGAGGCGCCGUCCGAUUGGCGCCGCUAUGAGGGCGAGUUGACUGCCGACCAAUCGGUAGGUGAUGCGAAGCUGUCGGUCGAGUUCGGCGGCCCCGGCGCCUACGACCUCGACAUGGUCUCGCUCUUCCCGGCCGACACCUUCCGUGGCCGCCGCAACGGCUUGCGGAAAGACUUGGCGGAGAAGCUAGAAGGGCUGAAGCCGGCGUUCGUCCGCUUCCCGGGCGGUUGCAUCGUCGAGGGGAGGACGCUCGACAACGCCUACCGCUGGAAGGACACGGUGGGCCCCGUCUGGCAGCGGAAACAGAACGACAACCUGUGGGCCAGUCGCGAAAACCCGCAGUACCACCAGACGUACGGCCUGGGCUUCUUCGAGUACUUCCAGUUCUGUGAGGACAUCGGCGCCGAGGCGGUCCCGAUCGUGAACUGCGGGAUGGGGUGCCAGUUUCGCGGCCGCGAUGUGGUCCCGAUGGACGAGCUCGGCCCCUGGGUGCAAGACGCGCUCGACCUAGUGGAGUUCGCCAACGGGCCGAUCGACUCGAAGUGGGGAAAGCUGCGUGCCGACAUGGGCCAUCCCGAACCCUUCAACCUCAAGCUGCUGGGCGUCGGCAACGAGCAGUGGAUGGAGGGUUACUUCGAGCGCUACCUCGUCUUCUACCAUGCGCUGAAGCAGCGCUACCCGGACCUCCAGGUGGUCAGCACCUCCGGGCCGCAAGCCAACGACGAUUACUACCACUAUGCCUGGAAGCGAUUCCAAUCGGACGUGAAGGCCGACGUCGUUGACGAGCACUACUACCGCUCGCCGCAGUGGUUCUUGUCGAACCACGAGCGUUACGACGGCUAUGACCGUACGGCGCCCAAGGUCUUCGCGGGCGAGUUCGCCGCGCACGAGCCGGACCGCGCGAGCACGCUCCGCGCCGCGGUCGCCGAGGCGGCCUUCAUGACGGGGCUGUGGCGCAACGCCGACGUCGUGACGAUGGCGAGCUACGCCCCGCUGUUCGCCCGCGAAGGCGCCGUGCAGUGGGCGCCCGACCUGAUCUGGUUCGACAACACCAGGAGCUACGGCACGCCCUCAUACCACGUGCAGGCGAUGUACGGCCAGAACGUCCCCGACGUGGUGCUCCCCGUCACGGUGGAAGCCGGCUCGGCCCCGCAGCCGCAGUUGCGCGGCCGCAUCGGCGUCGGCACGUGGGAGACCGCCGCCGAGUUCAAAGACAUCAAGGUCACCCGCGGCGACGAGGUCCUCUACGAGUCGAGCGGCGACCUCGAGGAAUGGGAGCAACACGGCGGCGACUGGACCGUCGAAGACGGCGUCCUGCGCCAGACCUCCCAAGCGACCAACGUCCGCGCGUUCGUCGGCAGUGAGGACUGGACCGAUUACACGCUCACGCUCAAGGCCCGCAAACUCCGCGGCCGCGAAGGGUUCUUGGUGAGUUUCGCUUCGACCGAUCCGCGCGAGACGAGCUGGUGGAACCUCGGCGGGUGGGGCAACGUCGAUCACGGCCUGGAGUCCCCGCUAUUGGGCCUCGAGCGCAAACGCGGCGGCGUCGAAGAGGGCCGCUGGUACGACGUCCGCAUCGAGGUCGGCCCCCAGUCGGUCGCCUGCUACCUCGAUGGCGAACAGAUCCACCGCGCCGAGCUGCCGCCGUUGCCGCCGGUCUACGCCGCCGCCGGCGCCGACGACGAGACGGGCGAAGUGAUCGUCGCGAUCGCAAACCCCGCGGCGGUCGCGCAGACCGGGCGCGUCGCCCUCGCCGGCGGGAGCGUCACGGGAGCCGUCGCCUACGAGCUCUCGUCCGACUCGCCGCGCGACGUGAACUCGUUCGAAGCGCCAACGCGCGUGGCGCCCAAGCAGCUGUCGAUCGAAGCGUCCGACGGCGUCGUCGAGCGGGAGUUCCCGGCGAGCUCGUUUACGUCCGACAUGAUUCGCUAUACCUCGAUCGGCCUGUUGUUCGCCGGCCUGUUGGCCUGGGCCGACGCGGCUCGGUGCGACGAGGCGUUUCCGGUCGAGGUGACGGUGAACACCUCGACCGAGAUCGGCCCGCUACGCCCCGUCUGGCGGUACUUCGGCGCGGACGAGCCGAACUAC